AUGCCAUCCACAUCUCUCGCUGAAUACCUCUUCAAUCGUCUCCGCCAGCUGGGCAUUGGUUCCAUUCAUGGUGUUCCAGGAGACUACAAUCUAGCAUUGCUGGACUACGUUGAGCCCGCCGGUCUACGCUGGGUCGGAAACACAAACGAACUCAACGCAGCAUAUGCAGCGGACGGGUAUGCCCGCAUCAAAGGCGUGGGGGCACUCAUCACCACCUUUGGUGUCGGAGAGCUGUCAGCUGUGAAUGCCAUUGCAGGAGCAUAUGCUGAAAGGGCGGCAGUUGUGCAUAUUGUCGGUACGCCGGCAAGGGCGGCGCAGGAAGGUCGAAAAUUGUUCCAUCACACUCUGAAUGAUGGAGAAUUUAGACGGUUCGCGAAUAUCUAUGCUCAGGUCACGGUAGCCCAGGCAAAAAUAUGGGAUGCCGGUACCGCUCCUCGCCAGAUCGACGACGUUUUGCGCCAGUGUCUCGUUCAAAGCCGCCCGGUUUAUAUUGAAGUCCCCGUGGACCUGGUGGGUGCCGAGGUGGUAGAAGUUGGCUUGCUCGACUCCAUUAAACUCGAUGCGGUAUCACCGAGUUCGAAGAGCGAUAGAAUUCUGGCUCGAAUCAUCGACCGCAUCUACAACGCAAAGCAUCCGAUUCUGCUCGUCGACGGUGAAAGCAGGCCUAUGGGAAUAGUGGAGGCCGUCCAAGCUCUUGUCACCUCGUCCGGAUGGCCAACCUGGUGCACCGGAUUUGCAAAGGGUCUUCUCAACGAGACCCUCCCCAAUUUCCACGGAAUAUAUCGAGGUAGUUACGACUCCCCUGCGGUCACCAAGCUCUUCGACCAGUGCGACCUUGUGCUGUUCUUCGGGCCUCAUCUCAGCUCAAGUAAUAGCUACGGCUACUCCAGCAUCCCCGAGGUGGAGAAAACGAUUUCCUUCACGGACAACGAGGUCAACAUUGGCACCGAAGUAAUCCGUGAUGUCCACGCGAACUUCGUUAUCACGCGUCUUGCCCAGUGCCUUGAUCUCAACAAGAUCUCCCGCUAUGACCCUUAUCCUGACCUUCCGCGCGAUUCCCUGCUUUCUUUCUCGACGGCGAAAGUGGAGGAGUCUAUCUCGCAGGAUCGCGUCUGGCGGUUGGUAGCAAACUUCCUGCGACAAGGCGACAUCGUCCUUGGUGAAACUGGAACAGCCGGUCAUGGGGUGAGAGAGAUGGCCCUGCCCAAGCACGCUCGACUCUUCACACCUGUGACUUGGCUUUCGAUUGGGUAUAUGUUGCCUGCAGCCCAAGGAGCGUCGCUGGCGCAGGAAGAGCUCAUUUCUUCCUCCUCUUACCAUGGUAUAAGCGAUGCGCGAACCGUUCUCUUCAUUGGCGAUGGCAGUUUUCAAAUGACAGCCCAGGAGAUGGCAACAAUUAUCCGGCUUGACCUCGACGUCGUAGUCUUCUUGAUCAACAACGACGGGUAUACCAUCGAGCGGUGUAUCCACGGUCGCAAACAGGUGUACAAUGACAUUGGACGGUGGAGGUACUUGGAAGCACCGAAACUAUUCGGGGCGAGAAGCGAUACAUUUACUGCAUCGGUAAGGACAUGGGGUGAGCUUCGAAAGGUGUUGGAAGACGAAAGGCUUCGGAAGGGAAAAGGAUUGAGGAUGGUCGAGGUGGUCAUGGAUCGCGAAGAUGCACCGCAGGGGCCAUUGCUCGAGUACCUGCGGGAUCAGAAAGCCCGAGACUUAGUCAUUGCCAAUACUGUUCACCUUUAUCCUACCACGCCGACCACCUCCUCCCCGACAGCCACCCCUCCCAACCGUUAUCCAAACCCAGGCUAUGUCGGAUCUUCCAGUCACUCUGUCAUCUUCAACCACAUCCCGCCAGCGCCCGAUGCCUCCGGCACGUUUUCGCGAGAGGAAACAACAACGACCCUUGCAACAGCCGCACGGCCGCAGCCUGAAGAUGAACUACUGCUCCACCAGGGCGCCGAGUCGCUCCGCAAUUUGUUCGAUGCCUUCCCUCUCCCCAGCAUGAAGGAGCUGGUUAAGGUAUGGCUCACCAGCGGCGCGAAUCUUUCACUGACCGGUGGCAUCAUCCAACACUGCAUCGAUGCCAUCAACCUCCUUGUACCUACGACGUCAGACGACUGGCACGUCCUCAACGCAAGAAAUCUCCUCACGAAUUCGGGGCGACCAUUGGAACUGGAUUCGCCGACUUUUCCCGAGUUCUGUGCUCAGUUCAUCGACCAUGAUUUGCGUUGGGAGAUGUUGGGCAUUUUCCUAGCUGCUGUUACCCGUGCCGCGAUAGAUACGCCAUUCUUUCCAUCGCUAUACGCGAGCGACGAAAGGAGAUAUACACUCAGGAGGCUUUGCACCAGGGCUUGCGAUUAUGCACUCGAACUAUCCCUGUCACUUGAUUGCUUGAAUGAUCUCCAGGUGUUCCUCCAGUAUGAGAACUGGAUUUUGCACACCCAUGUUUAUGGUGAUCAGAGUUACUCAUCGUGGCGGAAACUAGGCGACUUGAUAUCGUCCAUUUACGCCAGGGGGUAUCACGAAAAGCUACCUGACGGUAACCCUGGCCCACCCUUCUUUGUUGCAGAAAUGCGAAAGGCCGUUUUCGCACGAGCAUACUCUGCGGACAAGAAUGUUGCCAUAUUUGUCGGUCGGCCUCCGCGUAUGAACAGGCAUUUUUGUCAUUUCCAGGUUCCAUGCUGCUCGCCGGGAUCUGACGUCUGGCUGUUGUCAGUAUCUCGCUCUGGUCAGGCAUCCGACACCAAUGUCUGCCACUGGGAUCCUGAUACCAAAGCUAGCUUUAUGGCUGAGUCUCGGUGGACUGCGUUGUGCGCGACUUUGAAGGAAGACCUUCUGUAUCUUCAUCGCGAGCACUCUGGAGGCACUGUGGCGUUCCGAGAAAGGGCUUCGGAAAUCAAACUAAGGGCUGACGAGCAGUUCCGGCUACUCCCUAGCCACUUUCAGCACUGCGGCAGCCUGAGGGCACGAGCUCGGGCCUUGGACCGUUUUGAGGGAGACUUCCUCGGAGCCGUGCGCUUGAAUCAUCUUCAUGUACUGUUUUUGCUCCAGUUGCUACAACUCGACUCUCCAGCGCAGCCGGACCCUCCGAUAAUUGAGGUUGCAGAAGAGAUGGUCCUGAUCGUUGUGGACUUGAUCCUUCUUCGAGAUCGGCUAGUCAACUCUGGCACCAGUCUUGUCUGGAAGAUAGCGUACUAUGGCCUCCCUGCUGCAGGAAUUCUGUUGCUUGCCAUGCUGAAUCGUCGGUCCACUCCAACCAAUGCCCCUCAUUCCCCAAGUCCCAGGGCGCUCCAGCACCUUACCGUCCUCGCAGCAGAGUUGCAAGCAGGGUCUAUAAUCCAGCCGCGCGAUCCAAACUACGACCUGAUGGCCAAGGCCACACAUGCGCUCCAAAGUUUCAUAGACUCCGCGAUGUCCGAGACAAUGCAGACGGACUACGCUCCUCGUCUGCCAGAUCCAAUGAUGGAUGAAUGGCCUGGUUUUACGAACUCGCUUCCCAUGGACUUUGAGAUCGGCUUCUGGGAAUCAUUGGCUGAUCACCCGCUGUUGAAUCUGAAUGGGCCAUCGGGAAGUACGGGCCUGGAGUGA